AUAUAUAUAUAUAUAUUUUGUGAUAAAAGGGCUGAGAAAUCUGCAUAUAGGGGCAUUGGUAAAUUCGUAAAAAUGGCGCUCCAUCUGAAGCUCGUGAGCGUCCCUUCUUCUUCUGCAUCGUCUUCGUUCCAUCUGGUGGGUCGCAGAAACUUCUCCUAUCUGAACGUUAAUGGCGUUUGCGCGCGCUUUUGGUCACGGAAACUUCACCAUUCUUCAGUACUGAACAGGACCCAAUUCCCGAAACUCUGCUCAGUCAACAAUGGCAACGACACUGAUGCAUAUGGCUCCUCAGAUGCUAAAAGCUGCUCCACUGAAGAUGAAGGUACACUGGGAAAGAAUAAUAGUGGUCAAGGAGCAUCUCUCACAUCCAACGAGAUGUUGAAGAAGUUAAAGAGAUAUGGAACUGCUGGAAUACUAUCAUAUGGACUACUGAAUACCAUCUACUAUCUUACAACCUUUCUCUUGGUGUGGUUUUAUGUUGCACCAGCACCUGGGAAGAUGGGUUACCUUGCUGCUGUUGAAAGAUUUCUUAAACUAAUGGCCAUGGUGUGGGCUGGAAGCCAAGUAACCAAACUUAUAAGAGCUGGAGGGGCCCUUGCGCUUGCGCCUUUUGUAGACAGAGGAUUGUCAUGGUUCACUAUCAGAUUUAAAUUUGAGUCUCAGGGUCAGGCUUUCACAGCAAUUGUUGCGUUCUGUUUUGGACUGGCAAUCAUGCUAUUUCUUGUCAUGACAUUGCUUUGGGCAUAAAUAUGUGGUUUUGUUUGUUCUCAUUGAGCAAAAGGAGUAGAGAAAAUCGUACUUGUGACUUUGGCUUCUUUUAUGGAAUUUCCACCAAGAGUUGGUGCCGCAACCAGUUCUUCAGUCUUCUCCACUUGCUGCAAAUUGCAGGUUUUGUAAGAUUUGUUACUUCAGUCUAUUAUUAUUAUUAUCAAUUUUUCUUUUUCAGGUCAAUUAUAUUAUACAGAUUCCAAAAAGACUGGAAAAAACUUUUACACUUUUUCCUUUUUUCCUCAUCCAUUCCAAGUUCAAAUUUGUUAUAUAAAAUAUAGAAGCAGAAACUAUUAUGUUACAAAUAAGAGAAGAAAAUAUGUUGUGAAAUAAUUAUUUCAUAA